UGCGAAAUGAAAACUUCAGACUAGGGCAUGGAGUAACUUCUCUCUAUUUCAUACUCUCUCUCUCUCAGUGUGGCGGUUUACUUCGACGACCUCUGGCGAGGGUUGGCAACCUCCGACCGACAAGCUUGAGGAACAUCCAACGAGCUCCGUCCAGGUCUCUGUCUUACAUAAUAAUAUUCUCUCUCAGUUGCGAUUGGCUUCGCGCUUGAGUGCUGAAUGCUGGUGGCUAAGUCUGCUUCUAAUUCUGGAAUAUAGUAGCCCACUCCAGCGAGCUAUAGCUUCUUCCGGCAGACACGAACUAGUCUAAACUUCAAAGAACAUGAAGAUCAAAUGUUAGUAUGUCACUAGUCAUGGAGAUCAAUGAGCUAAAGGUGAUUCACGAGAAGUGAAUCACAUGAGGAGUGGAUCUGUUGGCUGACAGCAACAAGAGGUUGAGUGGAGGAGAGUUUACAUAACUCUGAAUCUAAAGUGUAACAAAACUUUAGAUUUUCAGAGAUGACAGUGUUGAAGAGGUAUGUGCUAAGGUUGUUCAUAUCAUUAAAAUACAUCACAGCGAAUGUAGUAGACAGGAACAAUGGACGGAUUGUUGCAACGGCUUCAACUGUUGAACAUGCAAUAAAAGGCACACUCGAGUGCGGUCGGUCUUGCAAUGCCAAGGCGGCAACAGUUGUUGGAGAGGUGCUGGCAAUGCGACUCAAGGUGGAGGGUCUUGAACAGGGACAGGGAAGAGGGAUCCAUGUUGAUGUAAACAAGGAGGUUGAGAAGAAAGGCUUCAAAAACAGCACCAAGAUCUGGGCCAUUGUCAAUUCCCUCAAGAACAAUGGAGUCAAACUCAUUCUGGAUGACCAUGGUACUUCUGGGCCAAAUUACUGACACCUUGUCAUUUAAGCACCUCUUCCGAAUCUCUCUCUCUCUCUCUCUCUCUCAGUAACUCCUCUGUACAAAAUUAUGGAUUAUAUACCUGGUAAAAAAUGAGAUUCUGCGUUCAGAAAAUAAGAAAAAGAAAAUGUGACUCUCGCUUUAUUUUGUCGAAUUUGUAAAAUUGAACCUCGAACCAGUCAUUUGGAGGUUGUAAAGGUCCUCUCUCUCAUUCGAGUUCCUCUUUGGCAAAGUAAUUAUAGUAAAGUACAGAUUAUUUAUGUGUA